AAAAGAUUGAGAAAAUCAAUCAAAUUUAAAGCAUUCUACUUCGUUUCACGGCCGAUAGAAUUAAACCAUUUGGACUGUUUGACCUUCAAGUGCUUAAUAACCUGGCGCGAACACUAUUCUCUGCUCCCCACCCACGCAGCUUACAAGGUACUUUCAGGUUAGACACAAACCUACGAAAGGCUGAAUGUUUCAAGUCAUAUGCCUCAAGAUAACUCCUGCGGAUAUGCCGAUCACAUGCAAAUUAUAUCCAACGCUGUUCAAGAAUGGGAUUCCGCAUUUAUUUCAUUCACGAAGUCUUGCAAACACUUAUAUGAAAGUCGUAAAGAAAAUAAUCUGCUAGUUGAUGUCCAACCAUGUUUUUCGUUUCCGAUUCUAAACGAACUCAUUGAAACACGCUUAAGUAUUUCCAUGAAAUUAGCUGUUGGCAAAUACCAAGAAAAAUCAUUCGAUGCCAGAGACAAAUUUAAUCAUUCAACGGAUCAUCUAUUUUCUGCUCUAAAUUCAUUUGCCGAGGCCGUUAUAAACCAUUACGUUCCAAACAGUCGCCUUUCUAAAGUUGUCUCAAUUCAAAACAUCCUGAAUGUAAUAAAUUCCUUUAAAAAUAUGUUGGCUGAUGAGUGCGAUGCAAUCAGAUUAUUCCACUUUAAACAAGUUUUUGAUGAUUCAUUUGACACUAACGACAAGUGGACCAAUUACUUUCUGUCUAGUAAUUCUCUGAGUAAACGUACUUGGUGUAAUGAUUUUAUUGUACAGUUAAAUACCUUGCUAGAUUUUUUGAUAUAAGGCUGUCGACCUAACUAUAGGUUUUUAUUUGGAUGCAGAUGUUAGUGGUGGUAAAGCCCUUGCACAAAAAUAGCUAUGGAAUAAAUAACAAUACUUG